AUGGUGAAAGAUCCAAUAGUUACGACAGGAUCCGGUGGCAAGAAAGUCAAGAUUGACAACCACCACACAGCGAUUGGUGAGGAGACAAAGAUGGAUUUUGUAAGAACUCGGGAAUCGGAUCUCGGAUGCCUUAAAAUGGAUUUACCAGAACUCCCGCCGAGGAUGUUUACAUUAGGAGAAGAGCCCGAUGCAAUCAGGAGCAUUUCGUAUCAUUCUGAUGACACGAAGUUGUUUAAAGCUCUAUAUGAUUGUCUCACAGCUGACGAAUAUGAGGAGCUGAAGGCGUCGAAGUUGGGAGUGUUCAUCAAAUUCAAGGAGCUUGAAUUUUUGGACAUCAAGAAAAAGUUUGAGCUCUGGAGUCUUGUCGCUUCACAACAUGCGAGGUUUUCACUGAUAGAGUUUGAAUACCUCACUGGGCUGAACUGCGAUUACAUCAAGGACCUGGAAAAUUCAAGGUGUGAGGUUACGAAGGAGAUGGCUGCUUUCUGGGAGAAGAUGCGUGUUGAUCUCGAUACUGGGCCAAGAUACAUUGAAGGGAAAAAGUUCUCAUCCGCUACACCAGCUAGUCUUGCAAGGCUAGCAAAAGACUUGACGCAAACUGGUUACACUGUUGAUGGGUUCAUACAGGUGCUCCAAGUGUGGGCGUACUAUGCUAUGCCAGAAUUGGGUGCUAAUUUUGGGUCUCCCAUACCAAACAGACCGUCUCCACUGUUGCUGGCUUACAAGGCUGGCAAAAGACAACGCAAAUGUUUUAAGGCUGCUAUGAAAAAACAGACUAUCGUGAAGAACUUCGUUCAGAAGGAUUUUGAUGAAAUGUUUCCAAAAUGGGACGGAGACUGGACCAUGAACUGCUGGCAAGUCACCGGUACUCGCAAGGUUGUGAAGAUGGAAGUGAGUUCAGGGAAGAAUGAAGUGAGUCCCGUGAAGACGGAAAAAACUACAAUGAAGUCAGAGAGUGUUGUGAAGGAAGAAAGUAGCAGACCUCGGAAGAAAGCUCGUAAAGGGUCUUCUGUUUCUGCUGAGACACUUUCGGCGGGUAGUGAAGGCAUUGGGAUGACGAAACAGAUUGAAAGGGUCUUGAAGGACAUAUCUGAUGCCAUUAGUGAUGGCUUUGGCACGUGCCUUAGGGAGAUCAAGUUACUGGGGGAUAGGAUGGUAGCUGUGGAGAAGAAGGUGGGAAUCACCAAAAAAGGGGGUUCAUAUGAUGAUCGUCAACUUACAACCACUUCAAAUCCACCAAAACCUGUGCACGAACCCGGGAGUGAAAGUGUGAAUGGGGCGAAAGCAGGACAGAAGGAAGCCAAAGAACCGAGUCUUACUACAGAUUCGAACGACUUACCGAGUGAUGAUCCUAGCGUUCUUAUAUUGGACAAACAAGUUUCCACUACUUCAGAUUUACUCGUUGAAGAAGCUAGAAGGCAGACAAAGAAGGAGACUGCUAUGGUGAAUCUCUGUGAAAAAAGUGUGCGAGAAAGGAAACUUGCUCCCACACAGCAAACUCCUUUUAAGGGAAACAGCACUGCCAAACAGAUCAUUCCAAACAAAAAGGUUGGCCGAGGCUAUGAUCCUUUUGCACCCUAUGACAAGAGGAAGUCGAAGGAGCUCACUGCAUGGGUGCAACAAGAUCCGUAA